CUCAAUCUCACUAAUAUCAUUAACACAAGUAAAAAAAUAUUCAUAUAGUUUAGUAACGAUGGCUCAAGAACUCGAUUUGGAAUUGGGUUUAGCUCCAUAUGAUCCAUGGGUUCUAAAGAAGAAUCUAAGCGAGAGUGAUCUUAGUGGUAAUGGUUUUGUUAUUCUACCGAAACAAGAUUUUGAGAAAAUAAUACCGCAGAUGGAACGUGGUUUGGUCGAGAAUUUGGGAAACGGUGUUGAAGUGAAAGUCCAUAUUGUAGAGGAAGGUCAUGAAUCUGAUGAUUACACAUUAACACUGCUUAAGUGCAGAGGCAGCUAUAUGUUGAGAGGAGGAUGGUACAAUAUGGUUAAAGCUAAAGGUUACAAACCAAACGAUGAAAUUGGACUUACGUGGGAUAAGUGGACUCGAAGAUUCCUCCUCCACCAUAUUAAGUAAUUUUCUCUUAUUUUUCUCUUUUCAACUAUCAUAGAGAUAUUUAUUUAUGAAUCUUUACAAUAAUAAAGAAAAAGUUAUUUU